ACCCGAGCUAGUAUCCUCGUUUAUAUCUCUUAUAUCGCCGUUAAUAUCGCUCUAGUCUUUUUACGUACUGAAUCGCUACCGGACUGCUUAGAAUUACCUAGCGUACUUAUCUAUUUUCCUACCCCUACUAGCUUAGCGAGACUAUACGUCUAUAUAGCACUAGAUAUCCUAGGGCUAAUAACGCUUCUAGAGUUAGCGAACUAUUUAUAUCGUAACGGGAUAUUUUCCGGCUAUAAUACUCCUCGAGCCUUUAUAUUAUUCUUAAAUACCGUCGAUCUCGUACGCUAUAGUACGCUGCCUACGGAUAGCUCGGUAUUAUUCUUAGCCUUAUUUACCGGACCUUAUAGACUUACCGAAGACAUUCUAUCGGUAUAUAUAUUAACUACGGUCCUUCGUCCGACCGAAGCUAAUAAGAAAGAAAUAAUAGAGAGACUACCGAAUAUCCUAGAUAAGCUAGGUCGAAUACUUAUAAUAGUUUCCGUAAGCGAUAGUCUUAGAGAUCGCUUACGCGAUAUUAUAAGAGGCUAUCUCUACUAG